AUGUAUGCUAGUCGAGAGGAUAUUGGAUAUGAUUUUGGAGAUAACUCAAAAGUUGGAAGUAAGCCAAUUAAGCAUAGUCCAGACAUCGAUGCAAGAUGGGCUUGGAUGAUUGUACUUUCCUCCUUCAUUGUGCACAUACUGGUCAUGGGCUCCCAAAUGGCCCUUGGAAUACUCAACAUAGAAUGGCUUGAAGAGUUUAAUCAAAGUCGUAGCUUAACAGCAUGGGUUAGCUCACUCAGCAUGGGCAUUACCCUUAUUGUAGGUCCUUUCAUUGGUUUAUUCAUCAACACGUGUGGGUGUCGCAAGACAGCUAUAAUUGGAGGGCUAUUGAAUGCUCUAGGUUGGAUACUGAGUGCCUAUGCCUCAAAUGUGCAGUACCUCUUCCUUACAUUUGGAGUGACAUCUGGCAUUGGAAGUGGCAUGGUUUAUCUACCUGCGGUGGUCAUGGUAGGGCAGUAUUUUCAGAAGAGAAGAGCACUUGCACAGGGACUCAGUACAACAGGAACAGGGUUUGGAGCUUUCCUAAUGACUGCAUUUCUGAAGUACCUCUGCACAGAAUUUGGAUGGAGAAAUGCCAUGUUCAUCCAAGGUGCCAUCUCCCUGAACCUUUGUGUCUGUGGGGCGCUUAUGAGACCACUCUCUGUCAAAGAUGUUGGCGAAAAAUAUGUUGCGAGAAGAAACAGUGAAGAUAAUCAGGCAAAAGGUCUGUCCCAUUCUUCAGAGACUAUAAAAUCUAGCGGAAUCCUCAGUGAAGAACUGGAAAAAAAAGAAGUGACAAAUGAAGAAGUGCUUGACAGUGUCCAGCAAACAGAAAUUGGAGGUAAAUCCAAAAGUGGAAGGAAUAUGUAUGGACUGCGCAUUCUUAAGAGAGUGAGCCAGCUGACAGUUACAUUCAGGAAGGGAUUUGCAAUAUGGUCCUACAGCUACUUCGGAGCUGCAUCGCUGUUUACCAAUAGAGUCUUUGUGGCCUUUAUAAUUUGGGCUUUGUUUGCCUACAGCAGUUUCGUCAUUCCCUUAAUUUAUCUUCCAGAAAUGGUGAAGCAGUACAACUUAUCUAGUCAGAACAAUAUAUUUCCUUUGACAUCCAUUAUAGCCAUUGUUCAUAUUUUUGGCAAAGUGGUCCUUGGAAUCAUCUCUGAUCUCCCUUGCAUCAGUGCAUGGAAUGUCUUCCUCAUGGCCAACUUAAGCUUCGUCACCUGCAUUCUCACUUUGCCACUACUGCAUACAUAUGUUAGCCUGGCCGUGGCUUGUGGUCUGAUAGGAUUUUCUAGCGGUUAUUUUUCUCUAAUGCCUGUUGUGACUCAAGAUUUAGUUGGAAUCAAACAUCUUGCAAAUGCCUACGGAGUCAUCAUUUGUGCCAGUGGAAUAUCUGCAUUGUUUGGACCACCAUUUGCAGGUUGGAUCUAUGACAUCACAAAUAAAUACGAUUUUUCUUUUUACAUAUCUGGCUUGCUAUACAUGUUGGGAACAGUAUUUUUACUUAUACAACCUUAUAUUCAAAAGAAACAUCCAAAAGAAAAAUCUACAGAAGAAGCACAAGUAUAA